UUCACCAUCUCCUAUCGACAACAAUGGCUAGAAACGAGCCACUGAUCCGGUCGCGGCAGCACAGGCCAGAUAGCUUGGACCUUCCACAGUAUUGUCUCUCCUGGUCCGCUGUAGGUAGUGUAUCAUGGGGAAACACCAGCGUAAAGCCUAUCUUGACUGCGGGGUCCGGAGAUCCUGUCAAGAUGGAAUGAGUGCAGCGAAGGGGUCCACCAAUUCCAAGGAAGGUCGAUACCGAGUAGUUUGUUCCGGAUGAGGUUUAUACUCGGCUCGACGGCAAAUGGUAUAUAACGACUUGUAGAAAGUUUCCGUUCCACAUCAGUAGCAUCGGUCAGACCAGCCCAGCGAUCCACUCAUUUAUACCAACAUUCUCCGGCUCAAGAUCCGGCACCAUGUCUGGCACAAUAGACCAGCGCGGCGAAAAGACGGCUGUGGCCUCUCCAGGGCCGCAGCCGCAUCCCGACGAGGAGGCUCGCGAUGCCGAAGACCUAGACAAGGCGAUGGCCUACGCCAUUGACGAGAUCGAGGAGCACUUUGACAUCGAGUCCGACAACUCGCCGUACCCCGAAGUCCGCGCCAACGUGCCUAACACGGAUGACCCGUCCAUGCCCGUCAACACGCUCCGCAUGUGGGUUCUCGGCGUCCUCUUCACCAUGGUCGGCUCCGGUAUCAACCAGUUCUUCUCUAUGAGGUACCCAGGCGUCACCAUCUCGUCUCUGGUGGCACAACUCAUCGCCUACCCCGUCGGUUGCGCCGUGGCCCGUAUCCUGCCCGUUAAAAAGGUGCGCGUCUUCGGCCGCUGGGACCUGGUGAUUAAUCCGGACCACUACUUCAACAUCAAGGAGCACGCGGUCAUCACCAUCAUGUCCAACCUUUCUUUUGGACCGUCGUGGGCUACUGACAUCAUUCAAGCGCAGAAGGCGUCGGCGUUCUACGGGCUCGACACACCGGUCGCAUACCAAUUCCUGCUAGGCCUCUCGAUGCAGCUGUUCGGUCUUGGUAUGGCUGGACUGGCGUAUCGCUUCAUCGUAGAGCCUCCUCAUAUGAUCUGGCCAUCGACACUGGCCAACGCGGCGCUGUUCCAGACACUUCAUGGCCGGGCGAACCCUUUAGCAGACGGUUGGAGGAUCACAAGAUAUCGGUUCUUUCUUUAUGUCUUUGUCGGGGGGUUCUUCUGGUACUGGCUUCCUGGAUAUUUGUUUACUGGUCUGAGUACCUUUGCAUUUGUCUGCUGGGCUGCUCCGAACAACGUUGUGGUCAACAAUCUAUUCGGCAUGUCGACGGGCCUGGCCUAUCUACCCAUUACCUUUGACUGGUCUCAGAUCGCCUACAAUGGGUCGCCUUUGGUCGUUCCUUUCUGGGCGCAAGCUAAUGUCUUUGCUGGCUGGGUCAUCCUCUUUGCUCUCGUCACACCAAUUCUAUACUACACUAAUACGUGGUAUACCGCAUUCCUCCCAUUCUCCGGCGCAGAUACCUACGACAACACCGGCAAGAUCUACAAUGCUACCCGCGUAGUAGGCAAAGAUGGCAACUUUAUCGUGGAGGAGUACGAGAAAUACAGCCCACUCUUCAUGCCCGUCACCUUUGCGCUAAGCUAUGGCAUAUCGUUUGCGACAAUGACCUGCGUGCCGACGUACAUCUUCAUCAACUACUACAAAGACAUCAUUGGCGCAUUCAACCCGAGCAGAAAGAAGGAUAUUCACACCCGCCUGAUCGAGAGAUAUCCAGACACACCAUGGUGGUGGUACGGCAUCAUGACGGCCGCCGUGCUGGCUUUGACAAUCAUCGUGCAAGAGGUCUACGAAACCCAGAUGCCUGUCUGGGGCGUUUUCGUGGCGUUCGGAUUGGCUCUGAUCUACCUGAUCCCGACCGGCAGCGUCUACGCCGUCGCAAACCUCAACAGCAACGUCCUCACGGUCCUGGGCGAAAUCAUCUCGGGAUACGCCAUUCCGGGAAAGCCCAUCGUCAUGCUGAUCUUCAAGUUCUACGCCUACACGGGGCUCAGCCAGGCCAUGAUGUUCUCUUCGGACAUGAAGCUAGGCCUUUACAUGAAGAUUCCCCGGAGGACGCUGUUUGUAGCCCAGUUGGCGGCUUGUAUCACGGGCUCUCUCACGCAGAAUGCCGUUCUCUUGUGGAUGCUAAACCAUGUCAAAGACAUUUGCCACGAAAGCCAGCCCAAUGGCUACACCUGCCCACAAGGACGGGUCAACUUCUCUUCGAGUAUCGUUUGGGGUGCCAUCGGCCCAGCACGGCUAUACAGCGUCGGCAAGAUCUACUCUGGUCUGUUGCACCUUUUCUGGAUUGGGGCACUCUUGCCCGUGGUGACAUUCUUCCUCAAGAAGCGAUUCCCAGAGAACAAGUUCCUGAGAUACCUUCACUGGCCUCUCUUCUUUGCAGGAACGGGCAACGUUCCUCCCGCCACAGGGAUCAACUACACCUCAGCUUUUGUCGUCUCCUUCAUCUUUAACAAGUGGCUUAAGGGCAAAUUCCCUCAGUGGUGGGCAAAGUACAACUACGUCUUAUCUGCUGCGCUCGACUCCGGCCUAGCCAUAUCCGCCAUCGUCAUCUUCUUUGCUCUCGUUUUCCCCGGUGUCCAGCUAAGCUGGUGGGGUAAUAAUAUUCAGCGUUCGACUAUCGACGGCCAAGGCGUUCCCUUGAAGGCUGUGCCGUCAAAUGGCGCUUUUGGCCCAGCAACCUGGUCUUAGCCAGGUAUUCUUCUGAUAUCCAUCAUCCGUCUGAAUGAUUCCCUGUAAUUUCCUGGCACUGAUAAGCCAUGAUUCCCAAUAGCAAAAGCCAAUCAGGUACAAAUAACACUACUAAUUACCACAUUGCGCCAAAUCUAAACGCUCGCAUGUCUCCGUUACUCGUAAGCAUAAUACAUCACAGAAACUGGGGUCUUCCUACGCAUGAAUUACCGUGGGGACUGCUCUGCAGGUUCGAAGGCGAUACCGCUCGAGCUAUACAGCUCAAGCCAGACUAAUAUUAUGGCAGAACGGCGCCACGAAUCGAGCCCAGUCGUUGAAAGCCUUGGGACUGGGGGAUAGCUGCCGAUCCGACGACAAGAACGAUGCCGCCUCGCGUUGCUUCCAGACCUUUUCAACUACGGAACGGGUCCGAGUGACAUUGCAGAGCGAAUCUGCCAACUUGUCGAGAACAUAGAGGACAAAUGGACGUGCGUAGCGGGGUGAGGUCUUGUCCUCGACAUCUCCCUCAACCCAUUGAAGCUCCUCUGUGGGAUCGAGUUGGCAGGCUGCCAUGAAGAGCGGCCAAGUGAGUCCAGCUUUGACAUCCGCCUCGAGCAACAUCGCGACGAGACCCAAGAUCUUCUUGACACUUUGCCGAAUUACGGGUGUUGCCGGGGUCGAGUCGUUGAGAGCAGAGUGGAGGUAGAGCUCUACCGUCAACCGCUUCAACUCGACGGUAUUCCUGAUGAUUUCGUCUUCACUAUCGCUCUUUAGAUGCGGCUGCUGGAGUAGACAAGUCAACCUUAUCCGCUGGCGCUCAAGAUCCUGCCAGCAGUCCUCCGCCGUCGAAGAUGACAUGCGAUGGUACUUGAAGCUGAGCUCCGUGAUCUCGCCAAUGAUACUGACCAGCUGCGGCGAGCAGCCCAUCCAGAGAUCAAGCCCCUCGUCCUCCUGCGCAGACCAAAAGUCGUUGCCGAAAAUGGGCUCCUCGCCGCAGGCGGUUCGUCCCAUGACGUCGUAAAAGGCAAAAUACCGCUCGGCGAACUUGAUGAUUCGCUCCCAGGGACUCUGCUGUCGCGCCGCCAUCUUGGCGGCGUCCGAAGUCAUGCCUUGGCGUCUGAACCUGAUGAGGUCCCGGGCCCCGCGCAGAUGCGUGACCCAGCGCUUGUCGCACUCUGCAAUGAUUUCGAGCUGACAGAGCAGCAUCAUCAGGACGAGGAUCUCCGAGUUGGCUGCGAUGUCGAUGGACGACUUGUUUUCGAGCGUCAGGCGCAGCGAUCGGAUGACUUUGGCCGAGUAGCUUAGAGCUACCGGCUGAUAUGUGCAGUCUGAUCUUGCCCUGUGUGAAGCGGCGAGGCCCAGGAGGGCGUGCAUGAGGGCUGGCGAGGCGGAUGAGACGGCAAAGGGGAAGAUGAGCGCGGAGAAGGGAGAUUCGCCUUUGGCGCAAGGGACUGUCAUGGGACAGAUACGAUCCAGGUAGUAAGAUAAUAAAUGUGAUUCGGCCUGGCUGUCGAGUUGGACAUAUUUCACCGGACGAUUGAUACAGCCCAAGUUCUUUCUCAGUGUAAGAGCUGCCGAUUUGCGAUCAUCCGUGGAGCUGUCAUCACUGGAAGACGACGAAGACUCUUCCCUCUCAAAGUCGGCGACGAAGGAGUUCAAGAAACCAAAAGAAUGAACGUGGAUAGGGAGACACCAGUAGUUGUCCAGGGUCGAAGGCGGCGUCGCGGAUUUCUUCUUGUUAUUGCCGCCGGUCCCAGAUUUCGACCACACGCCGGCCCUCCCAAAGGCACGGCCAACGUAGUCGGUUUCCCAUUUCAGGACUUGGGCGUAGACGCAGUCGGCGUAGCCACGGGAAGUACAUGGCCCACAGUGAGGUUUCGCCUCG